AUCUCGAAGCCCAUCCAACGAAAUAGAGGCUGGUAACCUGCCUGUAACGAAAGGUGCACCUCUGCUGGUUUAAUCUUGUCUAUAGAAGAAGAUUUCCAACUGGAUUUUGCUUUGCUCCGAGAAGCGCCACAGUAUUGAGCACGGGUACCUCUAGCCCCAUCAUGGCAGACACUGGUAUGGAAGCCAAAAUGGCGUACGAUAGCGUCCGGAAGGAGCUUAUUCAGGCGCUGACUAAAAAGCGUGGAAUUGACAAGUCCCUAGCAACUCUCGAGCUUCAGCUCUACAAUUUCGAAGGCACAUACCUAGCAGACACUACAUCAUCUGGUGGGAACAUCAUUACUGGCUUUGACUCGUAUCUCAAGACCACUGGUUCCGGGAAAAAGCGCCAUGACGUCGUUGAGGCAGAUCGUAUUUUCUCAAACUCAAGUGCAACACUGCCAAGGUCAAUGGAAUUAUCCCAGCAAGGCCCCCCUACCCCAACGCAGCUGGAUUUCCCAGCCACUCCCGUGGCCGCAGUCUCUACGUCUAACAUUGGACCCGUCACCGUUUCGCUGACUGCAGCCUCCUCUCAAUCCGAUCCUGUUUCUUUGCGGAAAGAUACGACUAGGAAGAGGUCAAGGCGUGGUGCUAGCAAUAUGAGUGAUGAUGACGACGCUGAUAGUAGCGCUGGCGUCAGCACCAGAACAAGGCCUGGGAAACGUGGCAGAAUAGACUGACUCUCCGAACAUACCAUGAUGUUAACUAAUACUUCUGCGCCAGACAUCUUGCACCGAUGUACAUGUAUUAGCGUUCGUCAUUAGCACUGUUACAUGCCUACAGCCUGUAUACAUCUAGUUCACUCACGCUCAGCGUUGCCUUCAUCAUGAUACGUCGCGUCCUCCGCUCUAGCUUAGUAGCUACUGACACGGAGCACAGUGCGGCAGUCAGCAGCUUACGUCAGAACAAUGGAUGCACCAGAGUUUCUUAUGUUUUCCGGGACACUUAGG